AUGGAAAACAUAUUUGAAGUUCUUAAAACACAAGUAACACUGGAGAAGACACUUAAUCAGAGGUUAGAUGAAUUUGAAGCGAGACUAGAGGGGUCAUCAAAGGACUUAAGCCUGAAGGACCUAAGUUCUGACUACAUCAACUUCAAGGAUUUUGUUUAUUCAACAUUUACAUUACUGCGGCAGAAAAUUAACAAUCUAGUUGUUAAUGUGGAUGCCAUUGAAAGUAGACACAGAAAGAAGUUUCUGCUGUUAGGAGGGGUGGUUGAGAAUACUAAUGAGAAUGUCCGCGAAUUGGUAGCUUCAGUUAUCACGAAGAAUCUUGGAUCAAAAAUCGUUCCAUUUUUCAUUAAAAAUUCAAUAUUGACGACGCGGAAGUGCGAUAUCGCUUUAAGAAUAGAAAAAACCUCUUUCCCUGGUAAUAACGUCAAAUACAUUGAAUAA